GGGAUGGGCUCCUCCCCUUCACGUUAGGUUUGAGUCGCUCGUAGGUAGCGCCUCCCCCUAUACAGUGGGGGUGGAAUGUUUUUGCAUGGAAAUUUGGACUGUUGUUCGGGGAAAUAGGGCCAGUUUAUGUUCAUCUUAUCUCGAUAAGUGCUUACCUCCCCCCCCCUUUCUUGUGAAGGAUGAGCGACUUAAAGGACUGCCCACUGCAGUUCCAUGACUUCAAGUCAGUAGACCAUCAGAAAUUGUGUCCACGGUAUACAGCUGUGCAGAGUCGUUCUGAAGAUGAUGGAAUUGGCAUUGAGGAGCUCGACACUCUUCAGCUUGAGCUGGAAACCCUACUUUCCUCUGCAAACCGGAGACUGCGAAUCUUAGAAGCUGAGACGCAGAUUCUUACAGACUGGCAGGACAAAAAGGGAGACAAAAGGUUCCUGAAGCUGAACAAGGAGCAUGAAAUAGGCACCCCAAUAAAGCAUGGCAAGCCCAAAAAGCAGAAAGUGGAGGGCAAAGGAGGACACGUUGCUGGCCCAGGACCAGGUCGACCAAAGUCCAAAAACCUGCAGCCCAAAAUUCCUGAGUACGAGUUCACAGAUGAGCCUAUUGAUAUUCCCAGAAUCCCAAAAAAUGAUGCACCCAACAGAUUCUGGGCUUCGGUGGAACCAUACUGUGCUGAUAUCACAAUGGAAGAAGUGCGAGUCUUAGAAGAUUUCCUGAAAUCUCUCGAUGAUGAUGCAGAACAUUAUAAGGUAACAGAAGCAAUGUAA